UAUAAACACGUUGCGUUCCGGAGUGACAGCGGCCGAAAAUCGGCCGCAAACGUCGAAGGGAACACCCACGCUCUUGUCGGUGGUCGUUAUUGAGCCAUUAAAAGUCUACUCCUUUAAUGGCACCCUACACUGGAUUCUCCAAAGGGCGGUGCAUCUCGCCCGAGGGCUCACAACUGCUCGACGCCCUCGAGGCAGAGGCGCUCAUCCAGGCCGACCCCAAUAUUCCCAUCGCGCCCGUCGAGCUGCCCCCGCCCCCGCAUUUCUCGGCCGUCGUUGGAUUUGACAUGCCAGCCCUUUUGCAACAAGUGGAUGAUGGCACCGAUUUUAACGCGGUUAAGUCGCUUUCGUUGAAACUAAUGGUGCAAGACGUGAGUCUCCAGAGACUCGGUUUCAUCACACCGAACCUACAGCAAUUAAUACUGAAUGGCAGUUUUCUGCUCUCGUUGCGAGAACUGGGAACAGGAAUGAGCCAGCUCAUUGAACUGAGGGUUGCCAGCUGCUCUUUGCGUUCUCUAGACGGCCUCAGCGCCCUCGCCAACCUUCAGGAGCUCCACGCGCCUCACAACCCUGUUGCCGACAUAUGGUCUUGCGCCGCAUUGGCCAACCUCAAAGUUCUUGACUUGAGCUAUACAAAAGUUGUGAAUGCCAAGCAGACUGGGUUCCUGGGCGCCUGCACUGAUUUAAAGGCGCUGAGCCUGUUCGGCAGUCCGGCGGCCAGCAUGGUGAACUACAGGAAGGAGGUUGCUAAACAACUGCCUGAUUUGGUGACUUUGGACGGGCAACCAUUUGCAUCGCGAGGGCAGAGAGGCAGCAGCGCAGACAGAGACGAGAAUGAGGGGGAGGCUGAAGGUGAAUCAUCACGCGCCGGUCCAGGGAGGAACGAUCUUGACCUUGCCUCCAUGAGGGUCACGUCCGCAGAUGACGACGGAUCUGAUGUAGACGACCCGCCCAGCAAUUGAGUCCUCUUCUCGUCAAGUAGGGGAUUAGACGUUGGUAUUCUGGAAAACUGAUUUUUCACCGGACCAUCUUGAAAUUUUGGUCUGACAGCCUGUAGCACGUGAGAAUAAAUAUCCACGAGACUUUCAUUCAAAACUGUCUAGUAAGAAAACUGUGUUUGCCUAGAAGACCUUUUACAAGUUUAGAGAGGCGCGUGAGAGAGCAAAUUAUUUGUCCUGCACUCGUAGAAAAAGGACACAUAAUAAUAAUAUUGAGAGAGAUGUCACAAGCAGUGUGUGGCUCCCCCCACUCGAAUUAGCAUAUAACAAUGUGCGUCACGGCAGCGUUAAUAAAACAUGCGGACUUUAAGCGCAAGGCAUAUGUAUUCCAUUUGAAUAGUUUGCUCGCCAAUUGAGAUCUCCAUUGGUGCUCCAGAUUAAUUCAGGGGUCAAAUAAUGGUUAAUAAAAAGACAGUUGCAAAUGUUUCAAUUGAAUCCACGCGUAUGCUGUCCAUGUGAAUUAUUUUAUCAUGUGAUUUCUUUAUUUUACACUUCGUAUUACUUAGUCUGCCAUUGUAUUAAAAAUUAUAUUAACAAACUGGCAGGGAAAACCUGCCCCAAACCUCUCUCCAUCAAUGACAAAAUUUGAAAUAUUAUCAAAUUUUAUGAAAUGGAUUAUAUAAUGGGCCACAUUUUUUUCGAAAAAAUGAAAAUUAAUUUUGUUUUUGAAAGCACUGGUGUUCUACUCCUUCAAACACAAAUUAGGGU